AGGCGGCUUUUCUUGUACAAUGCUGCCCCGAAGCAGUAGAGACGCUAGUUAUGACGUCACUAUCCCAAGCCCGUCUCUUCCACUGCAGCAAACUCGUCAACUUCAUGAGAGGGUUCCACUGCACGUCAUUGGAUAAUUCGAGCCUCGGCUGGUUGAACUCCAAUCGAAUGAAAACUCGCUCUACGGCAUGGUGUUCGGUUGAUAUAAGUCCCUUUUUUGUCGGUCAGACCUCCUUCAAGUAGAAGGAAGGGGACGAGAAACCGGAAGGUUCGUCUCGUUCCGGCAGUAGAUCGAGAGAGGGACAAUAGAAGUAAAUGACAGGCAAGAGAAGAUGGCGACAAUGAAUAUUAAAGCAGUCCAG